AUGGCACGUGACAUUAGAGACAUCCGUAUCCGUGUUGACCAGAUGCCCAUCAGUGCCCAUUACGAGCUCCAGGAAACCAUCGGAAAGGGCGCCUUUGGCAAGGUAGUGUUGGGAGAGCAUAUUCUCACAAAGACCAAGGUGGCUGUGAAAAUCAUCAAACAACAGGUCUCCAAGAAAAUACGCAGAUCCCUCCUGCACGAAGUCCGCUGCAUGGCAGACCUGCACCAUCCGAACAUCAUCCGACUCUUCCACGUCAUCAGCUCGGCGGAAUCCCUCUUCCUGGUCAUGGAGUUCGUGCCCGGAGGUGACAUGCUGGACUACCUGCGUGACCACGGCCGCAUGUCAGAGGACACGGCCCGCGGCGUCUUCCGGCAGCUGGUGUCAGCGGUGCACUACUGCCACGAGAAGGGCGUUGCUCACCGGGACCUGAAGCCACAAAACGUGUUGUUAGACGCGCAGAUGAAUGCCAAACUUAUAGACUUCGGACUGGGAGCUGCCUCCGAUAUUCGUCAACUCAACACGUUUUGUGGCAGUUUCCUAUAUGCAGCCCCAGAACUGUUCCUAAGCAAAAUAUUUGACGGCUGUGCCACGGACACCUGGAGCCUGGGGGUGAUGCUGUAUGAGAUGCUCACGGGUACCAUCCCGUUCCAAGAUGUCAGCUUGGGUGAGCUGCUGGAGAGGUUAGGCGAUGAGCAGUACGAUAUGCCAUCUUAUCUAUCCGUCGAAGCACAAAACCUCCUCAAAAAGCUGCUCAAACCCAUACCUGAGCAUAGAAACGAUCUGAAGGCCAUCAUGCCAGAUCCCUGGCUGAAUAUGGACCAAGAAAAAGAACUAAAGCCAUACGUUGAGCCACCCAGUGAUGUGAUAGAGCCCAGCGUAAUAGAACAGUUGGUGAACCUGGGCUUUCAUCACAAAGACAUCAAGGACACACUAUCAAAGAACAUCUUCAAUAACAUCAUGGCCACGUAUUACAUCUUAUGCAGACAAAACCCAAAUAUCCCAUAUCGUACCAUCAAAGUCAAGCGCUUCCGUCCUCCUGAGUUCCAGAGCUCCAGUUCCUCCCCAGCCCAGGAAGAUCAACCAGAGUGGUCCGGCUCCCAGAAGGCAGAGCAGCAGCCUGAGGACCACAAGCCAGGGCAGAAGGCCCAAGAGUCUGGCAGUUCUUCAGCCAUUCUGGAGUCCAGCUCCACCAUUACUGAGUUCAAGACCAGCAUCCGCCCAUCUAGCACAGGAGCCAAGACCGCCAGUCCUGAGCCCAGCUGGGGGCCCAGGAACGCCACUACCAAGAUCUCCACUCCUCGGUACUGCUGGGGCUCCACUACCAAGAUCUCCACUCCUCGGUACUGCUGGGGCUCCAGGACCGCCACUCCUGAGCACAGACCAGGCUGUGGGACCACCACUCCCAAACCCAGCCGGGGCUCUAGGACAUCCAAUUCCGCAAACAGCCAGGGCUCCAGGACCACCACGGCCGAGCCCAACCAGGGCUCUGGAACAGCCACUCCCGAGCACAGCCCAGGCUCCAGCACCGCCACGCCCGAGCACAGACCAGGCUCCAGCACCGCCACGCCCGAGCACAGACCAGGCUCCAGCACCGCCACGCCCGAGCACAGCCCAGGCACCAGCACCGCCACGCCCGAGCACAGACCAGGCUCCAGCACCGCCACACCCGAGCACAGCCCAGGCACCAGCACCGCCACUACUGAGACCAGUCAAGGAUCCAUGACCACCAUGCCCGAGCACAGACCAUGGUCCAGGACUGCCAUUCCUGAGUUCAUCCCUGGUUCCAGCACCACCAUCCUUAGUCCAGCACCCCAGUGUCACCCUGAGGACUCUCUCUCCAGCCACAGCACCACCCGCAGCAGUGGAAAACCAGAAGAAAAUAAACGGGGCCGGCGGCGCGUGGCUAGGAGUCCACCAAGUGGCUCAGGCUUUGAUACUUCUGUUCACUUGGACCCGGCUCGGGCCACAGACAAUCUGCUUGCCUGCUUUGGGAGGGGCCUCAAGACUCAGGCCUGCUCUCAGCGGCUGCUCAACCUGCAGCCCCAUGUGCAGGACUUGUCAGAGUUCCUGCUUGUCUAUUCCUCUGACCGAGAUGAUGUCAGGGCACCUGACAUGAUGUCUGCGGUGCACUAA